CAGAGGUAUAGAAAAACCAAAAUGAAGGAGAGGAAGGAAGGAAUGGCAAAGAACCCACACUCCAAUGGCAAGGCACUAACGGCAGCGACUCUUUCUGGUUCCGAAGGGUGGCUGGUUGGGUUGGGUUUGAGAUUUUUGAAAUAGUCAGGUCAGUGGCUGGUUGGGCUGGUUCCGAACGGGGAGAUGCGAGCGGGAAGGGGGUGGAAGCAAAGAAGAAGAGGAAUUUUGGCAAAGGUGGUUCCAGCUUAUGCGAGCGGGAAUGCGAGCUGCUGUGAGCGGGAAGGGGAGAUUUUGCCAAAAUUCUCACGUGAGAGUUGCAAUUCCAUCUGGACCGUUGACGCCAGGUAUGAAAAUCCAAUGGUCUUUGUUCUCUCACGGUUUUGGUUCGUAAAGAAUGCAUGCGGUCGGUCCUUACUCUAGACUUUCCCAUAUAUGUAUAAUAUAAUUGACAAUGAAUUAAUUAACAGGUGGUGGAAUGCAUGUCAAAAGUAUUUCCCUCCACGCUGACAAUUGGGCCGACCAUUCCAUCGGCAUACUUGAAUAAUAAGCAUAUGAGGGUCAAAUUCAAAGAUGAUGACAAAGACUACGGGUUUAAUCUAUUCGAAUCCGAAGCAUCGGGUGUUUGCAAGGAGUGGCUCAACAAAAAGCCGGUGGGCUCUGUUGUGUAUGUGUCGUUUGGUAGCAUGGCCAAUCUGAGUGUGAAGCAAAUAGAGGAACUUUCAAUGGGACUGAAAGCUUCCAACAUGUAUUUCUUAUGGGUGAUAAGGCCUUUUGAACAGGAAAAGCUGCGGGAUAAGUUUGGGGAAGAUGAUGAUAAAGGGCUAUUGGUGAAAUGGUGCCCCCAGUUGGAAGUCCUUGCCAAUGAGGCUGUGGGGUGCUUCUUCACUCAUUGCGGUUGGAAUUCAGCAAUGGAGGGAUUAAGCUUGGGAGUUCCAAUGGUAGCCAUGCCACAAUGGACCAACCAAACUACCAAUGCCAAGAUUGUGGAGGGUGUUUGGAAGGUCGGGGUUAGAGUUCGUGUGGAUGAGAAUGGGAUUGUGGGGAGACAUGAAAUUAGUGGGUGCAUCAGACAGGUGAUGAAGGGGGAGAGAGCCAAAGAAAUCAAAUACAACGCCAAUAAAUGGAGAAACAUUGCUAUUCGGGCAAUUAGAGACGGCAGCUCUUCCGACAACAACAUGACCGAUUUAUAUCCAAAUUGAAAUCGUCUCCUCCUCCAAGCUCUACUAAGU